UUUUUUUAAAUAUAAAAAAUUAUAGAUGAUUUUAUUACAUUUUACUUCGAUAUUUUAUGCAAAUAUGUCUAAACUCUGGAUUAGUAGGCUUAAAACAAAAAUAUCGUGAUUUAACAAUUUUUAUUAUUAUUUGUAAAUUUACGUCAGCAAAUUUGAAGAGACAAAUUGAUAUUUUCUAUUAUCUAUCCUUGAUUUAAUAGGAAUGGAUGUACUUGAGAAUCCAAUUAUAAAGAUCGUAACCAGUGAUGGAGAAGAAAUAGAAAUUUCCAAAUCUGAAAUUUGCGGAAAAAGUGAAAUAUUUAGUGCUAUGUUGGAAGAAAGAGAAAACAAAAGAAUAUUUAGAAUGAGAGUGACGGAAAGUUAUGAAUCUUUCUUAAACUUUCUCGGAUAUAUCGGAAGAGAUGAUGAGAGAGAUCGAUCCUUAUGCGAAUUAUUAGAUCUUUAUAAGAUGGUCAAAAAAUACCAAAUUCAAAAAUUAAUGGACAAAUUUAAAAUAUUUCCGAAGCUAAUAAAUAUAGAAUUUGCUUCAAAAGCUUAUAAAUACGCUAUAAAAUUCAAAGAUCUGGAAUUACAAUAUUGCUGUUGGAAACUGUUUCGAGAAUUUACUGAUGAUCACAUCAAAGGAGAAGAAUUUAUCCAUUCUGGAAAGAAGACAGUUGAAAGAUUUGUUACCUGCCCGAUUUACACUAAUUUAUCUGAAUCAUCAUUAUUUAUCGGGCUGUAUAGAUGGGCUAAAUUAAGAGUUUUGAAUAAUGGCUUUCUUCCCGAAAUCUUUCGUAUUAGAAAUGAAAUGGAGCCUUUUCUGUGUUAUAUUAGAUUUUUGGUUAUGACACGUGACGAGUUGGAAGUAGUUUUCAAAAAAGGUAUCUUGAAUGAAUCUGAAAUAACAGAAAUCCUGAAUUAUUUCAGCAAGGUUGGCAUCGUAUCUGUAUCUUGCAAUAUCAGUAAUAAUACCAAGAAGAGAAACAUUGACGAAUACUUUUGUUUGUUUGAAUAUCAUAAACUUCGAUGUUUCAAAACUGAAAAAAGGUCAUUAACACCAAAAGAUGAUUUUUUUUGCGAAUUGACAGUUUUUUCUAAAUGCUAUCUCCUUGAAUUACAUCUUCCUAUAUGUCAUUCUAAUCCAUUUCCACUUGCUGUCAACGUAAAAAUUUUCCGCGUAAAAGAUCACUUGGUGACUAAUUUGAACUCUACGAAGGCAACUUGCUCUGCUACAGGAGAAAUAACUAUACCUUCUUAUACGAUAGUUUUUGAAGGAAAGUGCCGAUAUAUAAUUAGAGCAUAUUUUAUCCCCAAAAUGAAUCAAGAUAAUAAAGUAACUAUAAUGAGAUCGCCUAAUUAUUACCACUUUGAAAACGAGAGUUUUGAUAAUGUUCGUAAUAGAUUAUAUUCAUUUGUUACAUUGUUUUUCUAAUUUAAAACAGACUAAUUAUAUGACAGAUUUUCCGAAUUUUGUAUGUCUAAAUGUUUGAGUAAUAAUAUAAAAAUCAUAAUAAAAUUUCAUUUAAAAAAGAU